UCUCUAACUAGUCACAUGUGGAGCAGCAGUGUGCAGUUCCUCCUGACUGUAAAUCACUUUAUAGACGUCACUGACCGCGCUGUUUCUCCUCAGAUCACAAGCUCUGUGGACAAGGAGGCUGUGACGUUCAAGAAGCUGGUGAAGGGACACGCCUACUCUGUGACCGGUGUGGACGAGGUCGUUUACAGAGGAAAUAAGACCAAGUUGGUUCGCAUCAGGAACCCCUGGGGGGAAGUGGAGUGGACCGGAGCGUGGAGCGACAACUCCAGAGAAUGGGACAGUGUGGAUCGCUCUGUCAGAAGUCGGCUACAAAACCGCAGUGAGGACGGUGAAUUCUGGAUGUCCUUCAGUGACUUCCUGCACGAGUUCAAUCGUCUGGAGCUCUGCAACCUGACGGCUGAUGCCCUGCAGAACAGCCAGCCGAAGAAAUGGAGCUCGUCUCUGUAUCAGGGCGAGUGGAGGAGGGGCAGCACGGCCGGAGGCUGCAGGAACUUCCCAGCAACCUUUUGGCUCAACCCUCAGUUCAAGAUUGCUCUGCAUCAUCCCGACACUCCCGGCCAAUCAGAUUGCAGCUUCCUGGUCGGCCUCAUGCAGAAGGACCGGAGGAAGAAGAGGCGGGAGGGCAAAGACAUGGAGACCAUCGGGUUUGCCCUCUACGAGAUUCCAAAAGAGUUUAAGGGCAGCUCAGGCGUCCACUUGAAGCGAGACUUUUUCCUCACCCACGGCUCCAGCGCCCGCUCAGAGCUCUUCAUCAACCUGAGGGAGGUCAGCUCGCGGUUGAGUCUGCCGGCCGGGGAGUACAUCAUCGUCCCUUCCACCUUCGAGCCGCACAAAGAGGCCGACUUUUGCCUCAGAGUUUUCUCUGAGAAGCCCGCAGACUCCGAGGAGCUUGAUGAUCAAGUAAUAGCUGAGCUUCCAACAGAGAUCGAGCUGGACGAGAGCCAAAUCGAUGCCAGCUUCAAGAAUCUCUUCAGACAGCUGGCAGGGCCGGAUAUGGAGAUCAGCCUCAAAGAGCUGCAAACCAUAUUGAACAGGAUCAUCGGCAAACAUAAAGACCUGAAGACAGACGGCUUCACGAAAGAGGCUUGUCGCAGUAUGAUAAACCUAAUGGACACGGAUGGCAGUGGGAAGCUCGGCCUGACAGAGUUCCAUGUCCUCUGGGAAAAGAUUAAGCGAUACCUGACCAUCUUCAGGCAGUUUGACCUGGACAAAUCAGGAACCAUGAGUUCCUAUGAGAUGAGGAUGGCUCUUGAAUCUGCAGGUUUUAAGCUGACCAACCAACUGUUCCAGCUGAUCAUCCUGCGCUACACAGAGGCCGACAUGGCGGUGGACUUUGACAACUUUGUCACCUGUCUGGUCCGACUGGAGACCAUGUUCAAAACCUUUCAGACCAUGGACACGGAUAAAGAUGGUAUGAUGUCCCUCAACUUCACGCAGUGGAUUACCCUGACCAUGUUUGCCUAGAGACGAGAGGACUCUUCUGUAAAUGUUCCCGCAUCCCGCAGCUCCAGGCCCAGUAUGUGUGGUUUCAGAAGUGCCUUUUCUCCACCAGUUCUUCCUCUUGCUGUCGUGGCGCUCUGAUGCUAAAAGACUGUAAAUCAAUCUUUACAGUGCCUACAUUGGAAAUGUGCCAAACCUUUAUUUGCCAUCUGCUUUGCCAACGGAGGGACACUCAGUUCUUGUAGCCUGGUGGUCAACAUUGCGGUCACACUGACUGCAGGCGGGAACAUUUUAAACUAUUUUUUAACUAUACAAACAUUUUAUUGGAGGCAGAAAUAAAAAUAUUGGUUUAAUUUCAGUAGGUGGAGAAAAAAUAUCCCUAAUUAUAGUUUGGAUAGAUUUUUUGUCUAGAAAUAAAACAUAAUAUAACAAUGUAUUUUGUUAAAAGUUACACCCUUAUCUUUAAAAUGUUAUAUUCCCAUUAAAAUGUCUGGUUUGGUUAUAAUCCAAAUAAUCCAGAUAAUCCAAAUUCAUGUAGGAAAUGAAGCCAAGGAGGUUGAAAAGUAACACAUUGGUUUUCUCUCCACACAGCCCUGAAACUCAACCAAAAUGAUUAUUUUUGCACUUUUUUUGUAUGUACAAUAAAUGGGAUAUUUUUUGUCGAUUCGUGGUUUCGAUUUUAACAGUUUUUAUAUCUAAAAUGAGCAAUCAACAAUUACUUAAACAUGAUUUACACAUUAUAAGCAAGGGAUACUUUAGAGUGGCAGAAGAGGAAAUUGAAUACCUAUAAUACAGAUUUCUGAUUAAAUCAAUGUAUUGAA